GAACGCAGGCUUGCCCGUAGGAUGACGGCCCUCCCCGUCGCCUGGUUGCGCUGCUCUCGUCCACUCCUGCCCAGUGACCCCGCAAAGAGGCGCCCAACGCUGCGACAUCCUGGUCGCCUCUUCUCCACUCACCUGCCAACAUUCACACACGCACAGCUUGUAUGCACCACCACAGCCGGCACGUGCACACAUCGGAACAAGCAACCCCAAGCUGGCCACUGAUUGUCUUUGAUUGCGGCUCGAGCCAACGGCGUCCCUCCUCUCCCUCUCCCUCCCCCUCGUCCCGCCAACGUCAGUCAUGAUCCGCAGACACAGCGCAAAGGGAGAGUGGAUUCCUUCAUCUGGCCAAUGGCCCGUCGAGCCCCAAGACGACGUCCGUGUUUCGAACGACCGCAUCUGGAUCGAUGGCUGCUUUGACUUUAGCCAUCACGGCCAUGCCGGCGCCAUGCUGCAGGCCCGCCAAUUGGGCUCCGAGUUGCUCGUCGGCGUGCAUUCGGACGAGGCCAUCCUCGAGAAUAAGGGCCCGACGGUGAUGCGCCUGGACGAGCGUGUCAUGGCCGUCGAAGCCUGUCGCUGGGCGACCCGCGCCAUACCGAAAGCCCCAUAUGUCACGUCCCUGCCGUGGAUAACGCACUAUGGAUGUCAGUUUGUGGUGCAUGGAGACGACAUCACCUCGGACAGCAACGGCGAAGAUUGCUACCGCUUCGUCAAGGCCGCCGGCCGAUUCAAGGUUGUGAAGCGCACGCCUGGUAUUUCGACGACGGAUCUCGUAGGCCGCAUGCUGUUGUGCACCAAGACGCACUUUAUACACUCCCUGGAGAAUAUGCUGGCAGGGGAGGAAGGUCCCGGUGGUGAAGAGGAGCGCAAGAAGACGGGAGAGGCGAUGCUGCAGCGGAUAAAGGACUAUGCGACCGACUCCUCUGGCCUUGCCCCCGGAUGCGACGUCUGGUAUUGGCAUGCGUCGAGGCCGGCAAAGGAGCGCAGGACCACCCAGAGCUCUAGCUCCGGCGAGAGACGUCUGAGCGCCGGCAACCACUCGAAUCCGCACCACCAUCACCAUUCUCAUCACGCGGUGAAGGAGGAAAAGGGCAAGUUUACUCGGCUGGUCGAGGGGAAGGGUGUUAAGCCCGGUCAAGCAGUGAUAUAUGUCGAUGGAGGCUGGGAUCUGUUCUCCUCGGGACACAUCGAAUUCCUGCGGCUCGUCACGCAGACCGAAGAGGAUGCCGCAAAGGACAGAGGCUGGUACACCGACGAAGCGAAGAAAGAGCGGAUAGAGAAAGCCGGCGAAGACUACGGCCCGGUAUUCCUAGUCGCAGGGAUCCACGACGACGAUGUCAUCAACCACUGGAAAGGCAUCAACUACCCCAUCAUGAACAUCUUCGAACGGGGCUUGUGUGUUCUACAGUGCAAGUAUGUCCACUCAGUAGUCUUCGGAAGCCCCUUCUCCCUCUCCAAAGCCUUCCUCCUGACCCUCCCCUACAACACCCCUGUCGCCGUCUACCACGGCAUCACCUCCUUCAUGCCUCUCACCUACGACCCCUAUGCGCCCGCUAAAUCUCUCAACAUCUACCGCGAAAUCGAAAACCAUGAUUUCCAGAACGUUAAUGCGGGCGAGAUUGUGGAGAGGAUUAUGAAGGGGAGGGCCAUGUAUGAGGAGAGGCAGAGGUUGAAGGGGGAGAAGGGGGUGACCGAGGAGGUGGAGAAGAGGAGGCAGGAGUUGGAGAAGGAGGCGGAGAGGGAUAAGAGGAGGAGGGAAGUUGAAGGACAGUUUGGGCUGUAGUUUCUAUAUUGGGGACUCGGGAAAGGGUUAUGCUUCAACAGCAGAACCACCUCUGGGAGGGGAAAGGAUGAAUUGGAUAGAAUUCUUGCACGGCAGGCAAGCGUGGAGCGCUCCUAUAGCGGUGCAGAAUGUUAGUGGUGAGAUGCGCUGUGUACACGAGAUUACGCCUUCUCAAACUUCUAUACAAAAGCAAACGGUUUAAUACGAAAGACAUUCUCCUCUCGUGUAUCAUACAUAGCUAAAUCACUC